AUAGAACAAUUGUUGGCGCAGGUCUCUAUUUGGCUCGUUGCAACGUUGCGGUAGUUGUGCAAAAGAAAAACGAAAAAAAGGAAAUUUUCGCAAAUUAAUUUCUAUAAAAUUACCUAAUUGCUUUAACUUUUAUCAAAAAGUGUAUUUAAUAUGAAUAUUUAAAAGGUGACAAAAUUUUGCAAUACAUUAUAGUAAAAAUAAUAAAGUUGAAAGAUUUUUAUAAGUUUUGCUUUGUCUUUCAUUACACUUUCUAGGGUGAUCGAAAAGUGUAAAAGAAAAUAAAAAUAUUCGCAACAACCCGUCAUUUUUUAGUAAUUAUAUUAUAAAAAAAAAAUAAAAAAGUAAUAAGAGAAUCUUAAAAAGCAAACUAAAAUACACAAGUGUUAAAAAAGAAAGAAAUAAGAGAAAACUUAAAAGGUUGACAAACGCGUUUAUAAGUGCGUGUGUGUUUUUGAAACGCUGCGCGAUCCCCCACCCUUGCAAUUACAAUUUUUGUUCUAUCUACUACACCUAGUCUUACAACUAGAAUAAUUUUCUGGUGCUGGUGCUUGUACAUUAACUGCAGCUAUUUGAGCUACAUAACUAUUACAAACAAAAAAACUAUAUUUUAAUGUUUUCAAAUUUGAAUCGGGGCAAAGAAAAAUUUAGUAAAAUAUUUCAUCGUUUAGGGUUGGUUGAUUUGUUAGCUUUAUUGUUAAAAUCGUCGAAAACUGUGUGUUGACUGAUAUUCGUUCGUUCUAUGUUUUUAAUCGAUAACGAUAAAAUCAACAACAACAUACAUAUGUACUGUAAGUUUUAAUAUAUUGUACGCAAAGAAAAUACGCGUAAAAAUAUAUUAUAAUAAACUAGAAGAAAAAGAAAAGCAGAAAGCUUAAUAAAAAACUAGAAGAAGUAAGCAUCAGCAUAGACAGCAAUAGAGGCUCCUUAACCCGUUAUGGAUAAUAAGGCAGCAUCAACGUUACAAACAGCACCAGCUUCUAAAACAGCAGAAGCAGUGUCCAUUGUCAACAAUAAUAACAACAAUAACAUCAACACGAAAAUAGCUACAACUAACGGCAUAAAGGAGAAUAACAGUAACAAUAUAACAACGGCUCAAACAACAUCAACAUCAAUUGUGGUUACUAACACAUCAAGCGGCUUCGAUAGCAGUGGUACACCAUCAUCUACACCAUUAUUAGGUGCAAAUAAAAAUUCGGAGGCAAACAAGGAAAACAAAAGAACUCCCCCACCUGUGUCUCCAAUAACCAAAGGCUUAGACAUAACUACAACACCACUUGUGAAAAAAGAAAAACGUCAAAGCAGUUCACGUUACAAUGUCUCAAAAAAUUGUGAACUUACACCAUUGCCUCCAUUAAAUGAGAUAGUUAAUACUAGCAACAAUAGUAUAUCAUUAAAUGCGACAACAGCAUCCAUGUCAAUGGCGGCCUCUUCUUCGAAUACCGGAGGAGUUGGUUCUUCUUCCUCAGCAGCAACAAAUCCCAUUUCAGCAACCACGUCAUCCAUUGUAUCAACACUGGCUCAACAUUUCAAUGCAGCUACUUCAGCUACACAACUUUUAACAACUGCCUCAUCAACGCUUGGUUCAAAUAACAAGUCUCCAGUGAGUGCAGCUACAGCAAUUAAAAAUAUACUUAAUGCUACAAAAAAUGUGGGCAGUGGUGGAUCUGCUUCUAAUAAUACGACCACAAAUAGCAGCUAUAACUCAAAUAAUGUCAGUGGUGUCAGUGGACAAGGACAGUAUAAUACAGUCUUGUCUACAACAACGACGACACAGGCAUCAACAACUGCCCCAUUGGUGUCACAAUCGGCAGCAGCAACAGCAUCAACUAACUCAGGUUCCGUUACCCAAUCUAUUGUCAGCGGCAUUAGCAUUUCCUUGGGCAUAGGGAAUGCUGCAAACAAUACUAAUAAAAUAACACGAAACAAUGGUUCUAGUGCUGCACAAAUAAAAUUACAAAAUAAUGCCAAUCUUAGCGGUGGAGCAGCUACUAACUUACAGUACCAAAAUGGAAAUGAAAGUAUUAAUGAUAAUCCAGACAACUCAGAUUGCCAGAAUAUAAAUAAUUCGGAUGGAAGUGUUUCAAAUGGUUCGGGACCCUUUGUAACUCAAACAACUUUACAGCAAAUUUCUGGUAGUCCUGGACGAGCAAGGGACAGAAAUGUUUUUCAUACACCAACAUCAUCAGCAACAGCAGUACAGUUACCGCUACUACGAGAAACACCAGCCAAUGAACGUGAAGAACUCUUUGUUCAGAAAAUAAGGCAAUGUUGUACACUGUUCGAUUUUUCCGAGCCAUUAAGCGACCUAAAAUGGAAGGAGGUGAAAAGGGCGGCUUUACACGAAAUGGUUGAAUAUUUGUCUAAUCAAAAUAAUGUUAUUACUGAAGCCAUUUAUCCAGAAGCAAUAAAUAUGUUUGCUGUAAAUUUAUUUCGUACUUUGCCUCCUUCUUCAAAUCCUAAUGGUGCUGAAUUUGAUCCGGAAGAAGAUGAACCGACAUUGGAGUCUUCUUGGCCCCACUUGCAAUUUGUUUACGAAUUGUUUUUGCGCUUUCUAGAAUCGCCAGAUUUUCAACCAAACAUUGCCAAACGCUACAUAGAUCAUCAGUUUGUUUUGCAAUUGUUGGAUUUAUUUGACUCAGAGGAUCCACGUGAACGUGAUUUCUUAAAGACUGUUUUACAUCGUAUAUAUGGAAAGUUUUUGGGCUUGAGAGCAUUUAUACGCAAACAAAUCAACAAUGUGUUUUACAGGUUUAUCUAUGAAACUGAGCAUCAUAAUGGCAUUGCCGAAUUGUUGGAAAUUUUGGGUAGUAUAAUAAAUGGAUUUGCUUUACCUCUUAAGGAGGAGCAUAAACAGUUUUUGCUUAAAGUUCUAUUGCCUUUACAUAAAGCGAAAAGUCUUUCUGUUUAUCAUCCACAAUUGACCUAUUGUGUGGUGCAGUUCUUAGAAAAGGAUCCAAGUCUAGCUGAACCGGUUAUAAAGAGUCUUUUGAAAUUCUGGCCAAAAACCCAUAGUCCGAAAGAAGUAAUGUUUCUUAAUGAACUUGAAGAACUGUUAGAUGUCAUAGAACCAGCCGAGUUUCAAAAAGUAAUGGUACCACUGUUCCGGCAAAUUGCUAAAUGUGUUUCAUCACCACACUUUCAAGUGGCCGAACGUGCGUUGUACUAUUGGAAUAACGAGUAUAUAAUGUCGUUGAUAUCAGACAAUUCCCAAGUCAUAUUACCGAUAAUGUUUCCUGCCUUAAAUCGUAACUCGAAAACUCACUGGAAUAAAACUAUACAUGGUCUCAUAUAUAAUGCAUUAAAAUUAUUUAUGGAGAUGAAUCAACGUUUAUUCGAUGAAUGUAGCAAAAAUUACCGGCAGGAGAAGCAGUUAGAGAGAGAAAAAUUUGCCCAGCGUGAAGGUCUUUGGCAACAGGUUGAGAAUAUGGCCAAAACAAAUCCAGAAUGGACAAAAAUUGUUGGCCAAAUGGAUAGUUUGAGUAUUUCUAGUAGUCAAAAUGAGUUUGAUCAGGACAAUGACAAUUGCGAUUUAACUUAUGACAAGUUGGAUUAUGAUGACAGACAACAACAGCAGCAGCAGCAGCAACAUCAAUCAUCACAGCUGCACAGUUCUGUUCAAGAAAAUCGCGAGAAAUCGCCACGUAACAAGGAUAAACCGUUGCUUAGACGAAAAUCUGAUUUGCCAGCUGACAGCGGCACAGUACGUGCCCUAAUUGAGCACAAAAGACCCGAUGAAUAUUUAAAAACACCACCAGAUGCAAACAUGUGUUAAAUAAAAAAUAAAUAUAACAAUUAAAUAAAAUAUUAAGAAGGCUGCAUAAUUAACAUGCACACUACACAAACAAAUAAAACAACAACAUGUUACUUAAGAUCAGCACAACGCGGGCGUUAAAUCUAUGAAAAUAUACAAGUAGUUUUUUUACAAUUUACAAAAAAUAUAUCUAUACAUAAUAAAUAGCAGUAUGUAUUACAUACUAAUAUUUUAAUGUCCAGCAAAGCAGCCAGAGCUACUUGUUGAAAAUAAUUAUAAUUACAACAAAAUAAUUAUUCAUACACAUGCAAAAUAUUAAUAAUUUUGAAUACUUUUCUUACUAUA